AUGUCAGCAGUCGGCGAAACCGGUAGCAGCAGCGGCGGUACGAGGUUGUCGGUGCGCGAGCUUCCGACUGAUUCCAUCGCACUCGCGUCCGUGGUUAAGCUCAGCGGUCCGUACUCGGUGUCGGCGUCCACCGGAAGGCCUGACUUAGCCGGCAGAAUCGACGACGGCCGAGCUUCUCUGGCCGCGGUGUCCUCGAUUUUGCCUCAUGCGCUGGAAGGAGAGGUACUUGCCGAGGGCUCUGUGUUCAGCGUGGCCGGUCUCUUCGCGCUGAUCGUCGUCGAGGUGUGCGCAGAAGAGCAGUGGCGGGUGCCGGCGGUGGAGGUAGGCAGCACCGGGGGUGUUGUUGUGGUGAGGGUGCACGGCGCCACCGAGCUGCGCCUGUUGCCGCCGACUCGAUCGAGACGCGGCGGUGUCGCGGGCCCUGCCGAAAGCGUUGGCCCUCUUGCCGACGGUGCUGCUGCUGCGUCCUCCUCCGCGGAUGCUGGUUCGGUGAACGCCCCUCGCAGUUGGCAGAAACCAACCGACGACAAAGGCGUCGCUGUAGCAGAAGCAGAACCCUCCGGCACCCCAGCCACCGCCGGUCUCUCGGCGCCACAACCCUACCGCUCCCCCGGUGCCAGGGAGUGGAUCCGACUGGUGGAGCGAGACUUCGGCGGGCUUGGGGAUGACGUCGCGACGGCUAUUGCUGCCGUAGGCACGGUAUUGAGGGGAAGUGAGGAAAGCAGCGUCAGCGAGACCGCAGGGGGGGAUGAGCUGACGGCGCCUGCUAGUGGCCUGUUGUGUCACGGACCGACCGGAGUAGGCAAGACCCUCCUCGCCAGAUCGGUUGCGGAGCAUUCUGGCGCACCAUGGUUCUUCCUGGACUGUGCUUCCGUGUUCCGACGUGACCGUGGCGAGGCGGAGCAGUACGUGCAGGAGUUUUUGGCUAGGGCUUGGACGUGCUCGCCGUCCGUGGUUGUCCUGGACCAGGUCGAGUGUAUCUGCAGGAGACGCCCAGAGGCCGCGGGCAUCACAGAGCUACAGGUUCUCUCCGUGCUCCUAGAGGCGAUGGACCGGUUCCGUCGCCCGCCGUCCGCGCCCCGCGUGUUUUUCCUGGCCACCUGUCCAGACCCUGCCGCUCUCGGCCCCUCCCUGCUCCAGCGGGGCCGCCUGGAGGCCGUACUGCGGCUGGGCGCAUUGGACAGCGCCGCGCGCGCGUCCAUCUUGAGCAUCCACGCCCGGGACAUGGUUCUCGAGGUGCUACCGUCGUCGCCGCCGCUGCCGUCACGACCGCCGCCUGAGCCGCCGGUUGCUGCUGCAACAGCGGGCGCCGCAAUGCCACCGCAUCCUCCUUACGAAGAGAAGACAGACGUCGUCGACGACGAAUCGCCGUUUCGAUUGGAGAAACCAAACAGGGAGGAGGAGGCGGAGGCGGCGGCCGCCACGCCUGUAUCUGCAGUUGUCGCGUUGACGCCUCCCGCGGUUUCACCACCGCGGACAAGGGACGAGUUUCUUGAGCUAGUCGCCGCGAGGUGCCACGGCUACCUGGGGUCCGACCUGGAGCGCUUGUGCCGCGAGGCGGCCAUGAGCCACUUCUCGGCGGCCACCGCUGCCGGCGCCGUCGACGUGGUAAAGGGUGCUGGACGUCACGAAGCGGGAGGGGAUUUGGCCGCUAUCGGUGGAUGUGGGGAAGGCGGAGGGGGCGACAAGGGCGGCGCGCCGGGAGUCCGAUUGCUGGACUUUUGGGCAGCGUUGAACGUCGUUCGGCCGGCGUCGCUGGCCGGGCACUCUGCAGGGAUGUGGGGGGGCGACGUUGGAAAGGAGCGAGGGGAGAUAUCGGUAUCCCCGCCGCUUGUCGGGUGCGACGCCGCCAUGGCCGAGCUCCGCGCCUUCGUCCUAACGCCUCUGGCAAACCCCGAUCUGCUGCGGGAUCUGGGGCUGAAGGGCGCGACAGGCGCGCUCCUUCACGGUCCUCCCGGCUGUGGCAAGACGAGCGUGGCGCGAGCGCUCGCCGCGGAGGUGGAAGGCGUCGCCAACUUCUUGGAAGUGAGGUGCUCGGACCUCGUUGACAAGGUGGUCGGCCGGUCCGAGCGAAACGUGUCGGAUCUUUUCGCGGCGGCAAGGGCGGCCGCUCCCUGUGUGCUCUUCCUCGACCAGGUGGAGGGAGUCGCUGCACGUCGAGGAUACCACUCUUCAACGGAGCAGACUUUCGAUCGGAUCCUCAGCACUCUCUUGGUAGAGAUGGAUGGGGUCAUGUCGGAGUCUGGCGGGCACGUGGUCGUCCUGGCGGCCACCAACGACAUCGACCGCCUGGACCCUGCGCUCCUCCGGCCGGGCCGGCUGGAUCGCCGCGUGCACCUCGGCGUCCCGGACUCGGCCUCGCGCGCGGCCAUCUUCCUCCAACGCCUACGCGGCAUGCCUUUGCGGAUGGAGGAAGAGGUCGAGGGAGGUGGUGACGGACGGGACGCAGACAGCGGAGGAGCCGCCUUGCAAGGGGAGGUCGGGCAUGGUGAGGGGGGAGUCGUGGGUGAGCGCGGAGAGCUGGGUGCGAGUGGUGCCACCGAUGCGGCGGCGGCGGCGGAGGUAGUCAACGACAGUGGCAAUGCUGACGGCGGAAGUGGCUCUUGCGGCACGCCAAUACUUGGCCGUCAGGCCAGCGGCCAAGUAAGCAGCGACGAUUGGGCUGGAACUGGGGUGCCGCCGCGGCAACGAUCGCCGUCACAGCCACAGCCGCCGCAGAUUCCGGCGCCUUUGCCACGCGCACGAAGACGGCGGGGUUUGCUAGACAGCGCGGAGGCGUACGCGGAGUGGCUUGCCGGCGAAACCGAGGGGAGCUCCGGUGCGCACGUGACGGGCGUGUGCCGCGAGGCGGCGCUCGCGGCCCUGAGGGAAGGCAUUGGGUCCACGGAGGUGGCGCAGAGUCACUUCGAGGCAGCCCUGGGCGAUCGGCGAAGAGGGCGCGAUGCUGCCGCCGGCGGUGGCGGGCAACCGCGGCCCCUGCGGUAG